GGGCACAGGUGGGCGGAACUGGUGGGUGGCACUGCUGGGCACCGAUCAUCAGGGCACUGAUCAUCAGUGCCCUGCUGAUUGGUGCCGAUCCCUGCUCUGACAACUGCCGGUUCUCGGCAGUACUUUCCUCAUGCUCUGACAGCGUGAGGACAGUGCAGCCGAGAACCGGCAAUUGCAUUUCCCGGUGAUCAGCGUGUCAUUGGACAUGGCUGAUCACGUGGCACUGAUUAUCAGUUCCCAUUGGUGCUGCCAGUCAGUGCCCAUUGGUGCUGCCAAUCUCUGUCCAUUGGUGCUGCCAUUCAGUGCCCAUCAGUGCUGCCUAUUAGUGUCCUUCAGUGCUGCCUAUCAGUGCCCAUCAUUG